UGUAUUCCAUUUCGAUGUUCUCAUUUAUUUUCAAAUACCUUUCAUACAUACAUAUGUUACUCUCAUUAUUUUGAGAUACAUAUGUACACAUAUGUGUUACUAGUGCCCUAUGUAUCCCAUGUAUUUAAUUUGCCGCUAACUCUUUGCAUGCACGUAUGUACAUAUGUACAUGUCCGCGGAAUAGGUACGGUCAAUGCAGUAUUGCCUUUUUCGUUUUGUUUUUCUGUUCGUAUGCAUAUGUACAUGCAUGUAGGCAAAGCAUUGGAGUUGUUUGUCGCGGAGUUGUGCCUUGUAAAUAUGUAUGUACAAAUUAAUGUUAGGUUUUUUGUGUACAUACAUACCGCAAUGUGUCGUUCACUCGAUUACCGCUGCCAUAAUUUGGUUGAUCUGCUGGCGCAAGUCAACCUCAAAGUCAGUCGUCAACCAAAGGGAUCGAGUGAAGGACACACUGCGAAAUAAACCAAGUAAUACGUCAUUGGACUAUUAUUGUGUAUGCGCCUUUUUUGACAACGUUACUUGCGUUAAAUUCGCAAGCGGGUUGACGACAAUUUCUUUAUUUCGCAGUGAAAUACAUAGUUUUUUCACUGACUGAUUGCCGUUUAUGGAAAGUUCUCGACGUUCCUCAGUCAUCGCCUAUACACAUACGUACAUUUUGUGCACUUGCCGCCGCAAACGAACAAGAACUGUAACUGUUCUUAUUGGAAUUAUUUGUAUGUGGGACUGAAAAGUCGAAUUUCGCAUUUGCCAGCCAGGCGAAUAAUUUAGCCGUAUUUUAUACACUGAAUUAAGGAGUUUAUUUGCAACUCGCAUACAUUUCAUAUUUUUAUUUGCCGUUCAUAAAGAACCUGCCGCUUUGUUUAAUCUUGCAAUUAGCCGCAUUGCAUGCGUAAGUCUUCGUGCCGACGUCCAUGAUAUGACUAUGCGUUCACCAGUUUCUAAAGCCACUACAUCUGCCUCAGUGGCCGACCCGCCGAAGUUAGUAUCGGAUUCCGGCACUGCUGCCGACAUCAUUGAUUUGCCAAACACUCCCGAAGCCGAGGGAGUUAGUACUCGUGCCUCAUCUGCCGCCCGCCAGGAAGCGAUGUUUCAGGCUAUGCAGAAACGCAUCGCCACGCUUGAACGCAGUCUGAAGGUUGCCCAACAGAAAAUAAGAGAAGACGAGUUAGCAAACGAAGCCCAACGCGCAGAUGCGCAAAGCAUAUCCAGUGCACCCAGCGACAGUUCCGCCAACGAAUCUGCCUUGCCGUCAUCGAGCCUGCCAAUGACACAGUUCCAGCUUCUUCACCCGCAAUCGCCGAUCGUAACGAGUGCUGCUACCAAUGUAGAUGCUGUGCAGCCGCUGUUGCCACCUCAUAACGCUACACGUUGCCCGAUGUAUACCGCCACUCGUGUCUCGCCGCCCAUUUACACAUCUUCAACAAAUGGUUCAGCUGUAACAACAGCAAAUGGUAUGUACCCCAGCUCGACUUUACCUCCGCACGACGCGUUUCUUAACAGUCUUUCGUCAACGGUGCCAAUUCCUGCUAACGUAGGCUCCGUACCUGCGCAGUUUUCAACUCAGCCAAGAAAAUUGCAAGAUUUGCCGGAGUUUAGUGGGAAGCCGGAGGACUGGCCGAUAUUUUUUACUGCUUACACCGAGUCAACCGCUGUCUAUGGGUACAGCUGUUUUGAAAACAACUUACGCCUGCAGAAGAGCUUAAGGGGUGAGGCCCGAGAGGCUAUUAAAUCGCUGCUUAUCCACCCGAACAAUGUGGGCAAUAUCAUCGAGCAACUUAGGUUCCGAUACGGUCGCCCGGAACAAUUAAUUCGAAGCCAACUAGCCCAUGUUCGAGAAAUUGCUCCGAUAUCGGAAAGCUCAGUGGUAAAGUUGAUACCAUUUGCGACGAAGAUUGCCAACAUUUGUGCAUUUUUACGUUCUGCGUGUGGCGGAGAGCAGCAUUUAGCGAAUCCAACGCUUCUUGAUGAGCUCGUUGGAAAGUUACCCAUGAGCAAGCGUAUCGAUUGGGCAGUUUUUGCAUCGUCUUUGCAGCCUUAUGCAACGGUUCAGCAUUUCAGCGAUUGGCUUACUAAACUUGCCAAUGUCAUCUGCACGGUUUACGACGGGGAAACAGCGAGAGACUCGAAGCACCGGGUUGUGCUGCACGCUGCCGAAUCACAACGCCAUCCAACUUGCCCUAUUUGUCAGGGCCAACAUAAGCCAGCCGACUGUAGCCAGUUCAGCCAACUUACAGUGCCGACGAGGUGGGAAGAAGUGAAGCGACGCCAUCUCUGUUUCUCAUGUCUCAACGCUGGACAUGGGUCGCGCAAUUGCCAAAGGCGCAAACCAUGCGCCACCGACGGGUGCAAACGGUUUCAUCAUAAAUUGUUGCACGAAAUUGAAAAAACUAUCGACGGGUCAUCAAACCAGUCAUUGCCGCCUCGAGAUCGCAACAGACGUGUUUCCAUUGCCGAUCCACGUAAAACGAUUAGCACGCAGACGCAGCCAGCGUCGCGUAUUCAGUCGCAAGGCGAUACGGGUGUAGCAGUCCUUAGUUGCAGUGCAAACGUUGCCGAUAGCAAGUUGUUAUUUCGGAUUCUGCCGGUCGUGCUGUAUGGGAACCAGAAGCGCGUUGAGACGUACGCCCUUUUUGAUGAAGGUUCGUCAAUAACAAUGCUUGACAACGCACUAAUUGAAGAGCUCGGGUUACGUGGCCGGACUGAACGCUUGAACCUACAGUGGUUCGGAGGACGUGCCACCCAAGAGCUAAGAGAGUGGUAGACUUACUCGUGAGUGGUGCCAAUACGCAAAAGAGACAUAAACUACGAAGGGUUUAUGGUAUUUCA